UUUUUUAUUUUCACCCCCUCCACUCAUUUGAACUAAAAAACAACUUCUUUUCUAAUUUUUUUUUUCCACCUUUCAUUCACUCACCUCUUUCCCCCCCUCUCUCUCUCUCUUUCUCCACCAACUCGAUAUUACACAACAUGACCGCCGAUAAUAAAGACUGUAUUGCUGAUAGUGGAAAGACUGCCCUUAUUGCUGGUGGUUUGGGUUUAGUAGUAUCUGCCAUGCAAAAUACUGUUCAAAAACAUACUGAAGGUGCAAAGGGUGUCAUUACCCGUACUGGUGGUACCAUUGGUUUAUUCGCUGCUAUGGGUGGUAUUUUCACUCUUGGUGAAUGUAUUGCUGAAGAUAUUCGAGGUGAAGACGAUGCUCUCAAUGCUGGUAUUGGUGGUUGUGCUGCUGGUUUAGUGGCUGGUAUUCGAACUCACUCUAUCGCUAAGAUGUGUGCUGCCUGCGCUGGUAUUGGUGGUACUAUGUACGCUUAUGAAUAUAGUGGUCAACUCAAGGGAACUCUUGCUGGAAAGUCAAAUGCGGAACGAAAGGAAUUACGCGACGCUUUCUUCAAGGAUCACACACCUUCUUCUCAACAAUAAGGUUAUUAUUAUCCUUUGCUUUUUUUCUUCUUUAUUUAUAUAGAUCUAUCCUAGUCUCUUUAUUAUACUUCUUUUAUUAUUCACACAAUCAUACACCACUAUCACUAAAAACCUAACACACCUCUUUAUACUCCAAUAGUCGUACUCUCUUUUUCUUCUUUGUUAUAUAUUCUACAUACAUGAUGAAUAAAAGAAUCCAUCCUUUUUUUUUGU